AUGUUUGCGUUCCUCGAAAAACCGAGGAACGAGAUUCCAUACGAAAAUCGUAAAAAUUUGCCAAAUGGUUUGAAAGGAUAUUAUAUUCAUAGACUUUUAGUAAAUGCUGUUGCAAUGUGGGCUUCACCUCGUUACGCUUGUUAUAUUUUCAUGAUGUUAGAUGAAAUUCAUAGACAAGAACGUGAAGAGCUAGAGAACAAGCUUGAAGCAAAAGAUGAAGUCAUUGAAGCAAAAGACAAAAGCAUUCAGAAAAGAAUACCACGUUCGGUACCAAAAGGAAAGGAAAAGAACUAUAAGUAUAUGAUUUAUACUGAAGAGAUGGAAAAUGAAGAAGAUAAAGAUAUGGUUAUGUUGCAUUUAGUCAGAAGAAACAACAAAAGCUUUUACGACCUUGCUAAGAUUUACAAAUCUGACAGAAAUUGGUUCUAUCGCGAAAACUUACCGAUUUCAAUGACACCAAAUGAAGAUGUGAAACAAAUAGUUCAAGAUACUUUACCUCAAACACACUAUGAUAUUAAAGGUUGUACAAUACUUACCUUCAAAGAAGAUUUGCCGCUACUGAAAGAAAAAAUAACAGAGUAUUUUGACAACUUCAAACAAGCAGAGUAA